UAGGCGGUUUUGUAUUUUUGAACAGUUUCUUACCGCCGGUAUAGCUACAUCUAUUCGAUGUAAUUUCAAGUUGUUUUGAAUUGUCCAACUGCUCCACCCAUUUAACCGGUGCUAUUAGCUAGCUACAUUAUUAGCGACCUCCGAGUUCCUUCGAUCAGUCACAUUGACUGACUGGUGCCGCGGCCAGGAGGGUCAGCCAAUUGAUGGAACCAAAUGGUUAUUUGACGGGUAGUUUGAGUUGUUUGUGUUGUGGCCGCUGACAGCUCAGCAAAAACGACAAGGAAAACAGGAAGUGGCUCUGAUGGUGACACCUGCCUGAGGACACCUCCCACACCCCCUUUACCAUGUCUGGGAUCCAGGUGCCAUGGUUGCCUGGCACAGAGUGUGUAGCCAAGUACAACUUCCAGUCGACGAAUGAACAGGACCUGCCUUUCUGUAAAGGAGAUGUGUUGACCAUAAUUGGAGUCACCAGGGAUCCCAACUGGUACAAAGCGAAGAACACAGUGGGCAGAGAGGGAACCAUCCCAGCUAACUACGUCCAGAAAAGGGAAGGGGUCAAGUCAGGGGGAAAACUCAGUCUUAUGCCAUGGUUCCAUGGUAAGAUAACGAGGGAGCAGGCAGAGCUCCUCCUCUACCCCCCAGAGACUGGUCUGUUCCUGGCGAGGGAGAGCACCAACUACCCUGGGGACUACACCCUGUGUGUCAGCUGUGACGGUAAGGUGGAGCACUACCGCAUCAUCUACCACAACGGCAAGCUCAGCAUCGACGAGGAGGAGUUCUUCCAGAACCUCAUGCAGCUGGUGGAGCACUACACUAAAGAUGCCGACGGCCUCUGUACCAGACUCAUCAAGCCAAAGCUGAUGGAGGGAACGGUGGCCGCCCAGGAUGAAUUCUCCAGGAGCGGAUGGGCCUUGAACAGAAAGGAACUCAAGCUCAUCCAGACCAUUGGCAAAGGGGAGUUUGGAGAUGUGAUGGUGGGGGACUACAGAGGGACCAAGGUGGCAGUGAAGUGCAUCAAACACGACGCCACGGCCCAGGCGUUCAUCGCUGAGGCCUCCGUCAUGACGCAACUGAGGCACAACAACCUGGUUCAGCUGCUGGGGGUGAUCGUAGAGGAGAGGGGCAGUCUCUACAUCGUCACAGAGUACAUGGCCAAGCUUGACAGCCGUCCCCCUCUCCCCCCACCACAGGGCAGUCUAGUGGACUACCUCCGUUCUCGAGGACGGACCGUGCUGGGAGGAGACUGUUUACUCAAAUUCUCACUUGACGUAUGUGAAGCCAUGGAGUACCUGGAGGCCAAUAACUUUGUGCACAGAGACCUGGCAGCCCGGAAUGUGCUGGUGUCUGACGACAACAUCGCCAAGGUCAGCGACUUUGGUCUGACCAAGGAGGCCUCGUCCACACAGGACACUGCCAAACUGCCCGUCAAAUGGACCUCCCCCGAAGCCCUGCGAGAGAAGAGGUUCUCCACUAAGUCAGACGUGUGGAGUUAUGGUAUCCUGCUAUGGGAGAUCUACUCCUUUGGGCGUGUGCCUUACCCCAGAAUUCCCCUGAAGGAGGUGGUGCCGCGGGUGGAGAAGGGUUACAAGAUGGACGCCCCCGACGGCUGCCCGGUGGUGGUUUACGAUGUCAUGAAGCAGUGCUGGACCCUGGACGUGGGGCUGCGGCCCUCCUUCCGCAUGCUGAGAGACAAGCUGUCACAUAUCAGAGCCAAGGAGCUCUACCUGUGAGGGGCAGAGAGGGAAGACACAGCAGACUAGAGCGGAGGGAGGGAGCGUCCAGGCUGGGGGAAACUAACUGGAGCAGGAGCGGAAGUCAUCUGCCUGCUUCACCUGUAGACCACACCCUGCCUGAUACCUGACCUGGGACUGUAGUAAACCCUCCCCUGUGUUACCUUCCCUCUCUACUCUUCUGAAAGCAAGGAACAGUGUGUGUGUGUUGUAUAGCUUUCUGUCAGCUGGUUGUCUUCCUCUGUUCACUCCAUCGGCCUCCCUCUACCCCCUUCCUCCUGUUCUCCCAGUCUCUCCACUGUGGCAUUGUCACCACCUCAAACUCUUUUCUGAUUUUCUUCUUUUCCAAAACGUGAUAAUGGGGAGGCCGGCCUUUUCCUCCACAUGUUCGUCAGGUGCUCUCAAUCUCUCCUCUCCCUCUGUGCCAUGAUCAUUCCUGUAUCUCUGUGUUGGGUGGUAGUGUGGUGCUGCAUGCUGUCUGUCCCUCACCCUGAUGUGUGGGGCCUUGCUUGGGGCCUUGGCUCUGUGCCAAAGUGCCUCCAGUAUACAGAGCUCCAGAUCCCCUCAGCCUCCAGAACCUACUCCGCCACUCAGACUAUUCAGUUUCUAUCCCUUUUUUUAUUUUAUUUUGUCUUGGAGGUUGGUUGUUCAUUUGCUUUGUGAAGUUGUCUCCCUCCGGCUCCAGAACAGGUUCUUCUAUGUCCGUUAAAGAGAACGUGAACAUUUGAGAAGAAAAGAGGCCAGUGCAUAAAGAGCCUCAGCUGGGAAGCGCCUAUCUCCAACUCAACACAGGACUACAGAACAGGAGAGGGAGGAGCACUUCUCAACAUGGUCGAUUCAGCAUAUGUGGGCUUGUUUUAUAUUUAAAUGAUAAAAAAAAGACACAAAACUUAAAGAAGCCACGAAAAUACAGACUGAAGGAUAUAAGAAUGUUUUAGUGUCUGUGUGAAGCGAACGCUGGGGUUGGGUAUGUGCAUGCUGUGCGAGAGGCCUUGGGUUUAACUGUCAGUGCUUUCAAUGUUUAUUAUGCUACCAUGAUUAUGAAUAAAUCAUUCCAUCUGAUUAGUGUGGAAAGAAUGUAAACACUGACAUCACAGGGAGUAGGGGCUCCCCUCUGAAAGCACCUGGGUACUAUUCAGUCAUGUGAAUGUCCUGGAUGAUAGAGGUAACUGCAGGGCAGUGGGCCACUGGGGAUGCCCUGGGUGUUUGUUCCAUAUGAAGUGAACCUCAAGUCAUUAUGCUAUUACACACAUUCCCACACAGUAAAUAUUCAUUUACACAGGUAAUACAGCAAUUCCACACACUUUACAUACCCACUGGGUUCAUACAUACACUUGGGCCAAUGAAUCUUUAUUUGGUUGAACUGUGAAUAAGGUAUUCUAACUAUGGAUUGGUCCUGUGGUCUUCAAAUCACAUUUUAUUGGUCACAUACACAUGGUUAGCAGAUGUUAUUGCGAGUGUAGCGAAAUGCUUGUCAGAACCUGUGACUUCACAGAUUGAGCCUAAAAUAAUUCUCACACGCAGCUCUGUUUUAGAAUGUAGAAGUAUUUAUGAGGGUGUGAUAAUAGAUAUUGCUGAUGUGCCAAAAGAGCCUUCAAGCUGUGAAGCUGCAGUGUUCUGUGUCAGCUGACCUGUUUCCAUUUCCAAUGGUCAGUCAAACAGACUAAAGCUCCUCUCAUCAUUCAUUCUCUUCUCCAUUCUCUCUUCUCUGGAGUGGCUGUUCCUCCAUUUGCCUCCAGUGAUGUUCUGCUGAGGACAGGGGGCACACAGAAUGAUUCUGAGCCUGAACUGAGCAGAGCACACAGUCCAGCUCAAAUGGAACAGCUUUACGGGCCUUUUCUUUUCUGUCUUGUGUAUUUUUAUUUUUUUUGUAAAGGGGAGAAAAAAACAUUUGACUCAAUUAUCUUCAGCUUUUGUGUCUUUCUUUCUGGCUCAAAGCAUUCCUUCUUUUCCCAUGUGUCUUUCUGUUUCCAUCCCUCGUCCUGUCUCGCCAGCCCUGUUGCUUGCUGCACAUAAGGAGCCAACAGUUGUCCCUGGCUGGCUGGCUCAUUUUGAUUCCUAUGAAUGUUGAUGGCGCUGACAGUCCAGAGUGGUAACAAUGGGCUGGUUACACAACACAGGGCGCUCUCAGCCAAGGCUGUGCGGUUCUGCUCAGCUGUCAGGACCCAUCAUUACACUGGGCCGUCACUCCAUCUCACAUUAUACAGUGCUGCUGGAAACACAGGAGGAGCAUUGCUGGAGAGGGACCUCUCAGAUUUAGAUCUCUAUUGCUUACGCUACUGCAAGAGUGCAACGAUUAAUCUUACUCACCCAGUCAUGUGAUGGUUGUACCACUACCAUGGAUCACCACCAGCUGGCACCGUGUAGUCUACUCCAGUAGAACUCAUGGAUGGAGAUAAAUAUGUUACGUCAGGCCUUCAUUGUAAAUAAGAAUUUGUUUUUAAUUGAUCUGCCUGGUAAAAUGCAAUGCAUCAAUAAAAAGCCUGUGUGUGAUA